AGGCAACUAACCCACCCUUAUCAAAUAUUUCAAUGCCUAAUUAGGACGCCCAUUUUUUAAGUGUAGACGAUGAUGGUGUUUCACUUCUUUUCUCACAACUCAAGUUUCUUAUUGGAGGAAAUAAUUAUAUGAUAUAUCUUUUUUUGUAUCAACAUUUGACUGUUUGAUCUAUUAAUAUCCUCGAUAAGUUGUCUCUCUAGCGGCAUCAGAUUGUCUGGGGAAACGUACGCAUUUCCUAACAGAUAAAGACGGAGUUUUAAGAUGGAAACGAAGAUAAUUAUCAUCCUUUUCCCGUUAUUUACAAGUAUUACAAGAGGACAACUAUCAAGUGGCAAUACGACAUUUGAAUCCUCGAGUAUAAGAACAAAACGAACAAUUGACAAUAUUGUGCCAAUUACAACUCGUUCAAUGUUACCACACACAAUUUCUACUUCAAACAUCGAGCUUCAGACGCACUUUGAUGAGUUAAAAUCAACAAGAGCUGUUCUGAAAAUGCCAUUUGCGUCAUCUACAAUAACCCUUUUUAAUACCACAGGAGAACUCAACUUAACAACGAAAGGUAACAGAUCACACGCAUUAACUACUUCAGUAGAUCCUUCUCCACAGGUAUCCUCCCUUAUAUUAGCAUCGCCAGUUAAUCAAUUAAACACUGUACCGAUUUCAAAAACUUCCUCUAUCAAUUAUAGCCCUUCAGUGACAAAAUCGACAUAUUUAUCUGAAGAAAGUUUACUAGUACAAAAUGUAUCUGUUUAUAACACGUCGAACAUUUCGUCUGAAAAACACACAGAGACGACACAAGGCCGUGUGUUACAAACAUCGAACCGGACACAUGUUUUACAGACGACCACAAAUAGACGUGUUUUACAGACGACGACUCAGGCGCAUGUGUUAAGAACAACGAGUCGAGAACAUUUGUUAAGAACAACGACACAGGCGCAUAUGUUACAAACUUCAUUCCAGCCAGAAAUAACGACGCGGCCUUUUGGCAUGAUUAUUCAUCGCCUAUCAAAGUCGUCAACUGAACCAGUCAGCUCAUUAGUCAUUACAAAUGGUGAGGUUAAAGAUUUCACAAAUAUGAUAGGAUCGACUCCUGUGGUUUCACAUUUAGAAACAGAAGUUGAAACAAAUAGAAAUCUGUCAUCUUCGAAAGCUACACAGGUUGUUCCAUCGACAUCAAUAAAUCUGAAAAUUCAAAAUGUAUCAAAGAGGGAUUUUACUUCAACUCUCUUGCCUAUUGUAUCUGCAUCUUCAGGCGACGAGACUCUACAAGGUACGCAAGCUACUGUUUCCUCGCAUUCAAAUUCUAAAAGUCAUCCACGUUUAGUGUCUUCGUCAUUCGUUGUCGCAAUGAAUAUGUUUUCAACAUCGGUAAUAACAAACGUGCCAACAAGCACAACAUCCCUGAGUGCUGCAAGUAAAUCUCUUUAUGGAUCAAAUAUAUCCAAUUUGUUAAAUGUGUCGCAUGAAUCUUCUACUUAUUCACUUGGAGACACUAUUAUUCAACCUUCUUUGUCGACAAAAUAUCAUCAAAUGACAUAUUCUCUAAACGAAAGAGUUGAAGUAACUGUAAAACCAAACCCAAACAAGAGGAAAUUAUACAAUUUCAGUUUUGAAAUCGAGUUUACCGGUGAAUGCAAAUCGUUAGAAACCCAAGAGGCAUUGAAGGAAAUUUGGGGUAGUCUGAUGAACAUCGUUGCCUUUCAGUCAGGUACAAAAGGAUUGAGCGUGGAACCAAUAAAUAUAUUAUGUGGUCCUUUGCGUCUGGCUUUCAAAGUAUAUAACACAACACAUAAAAACUUAACAGAAAUUAUUCGGACUAUGAUAAAAAAUAACAACUUUGUCAUAACAGUCCUCGUUGAUAAUUAUAGAUUGAAUUUCAAAGCUAUCAGAAUAUAUCAAUAUACAGAUCACAAAAUUGGUUCAGAAAUUUUCCUGAUGGGAUUAAACGAAGUUGAUAUCAUUGUGAUAAUUUGCGCUACAGCCAUUUCAGUUAUUCUUGUAUGUGCCGGAAUGAUAAUUUGUGCGCGGGAAUAUUAUCUAAAGAAAAGGUCACGAUCUUUUACAUUGUCAUCCUUCAUGUCAAAUGGAUCAAAUUCGUAUGAUUACACUCUUACAAAAAUACCGCGCCCAAAUAGUUCUUACUCGGAGAACGGUGUCAGAAUGAAAUUGAUGGAUCAUAAGGAUAAUCAGCGAGCGGCAUUGCUUCCUAUUGAAGAACAGGAAACUUCAGUGAGCGACAUUCAGUUAAGGGUGAAUUCGAAUGAGGAUGGACUAGUUGUUGGCGUAACAGGAACCGGAAAUAAUACUAUAUGUCACGAACAGUCAUAUAAUAAUUCUGAUAUAAAUGGGGACCAGUCAGAAGAAAAACUAUGUUCUACAACAGAAGAACUUGAUAAAAGUGUGGAUAAUCCUAUAUAUUUUGCUGACGAUGAGAGAUUUCUAAAAGUAUAGUUUUAUUCUGUAUUAGUAGAGGAUUAUACAUGGGAACCGAUUGUGAUACUUUCAGAAUUUAUGUCUUUUAUAUGGAUAUGUUCUUGGAUUGUGAAUCAAAUAAUUUAACGUUUUUUUAAUAAUUAAAAUGCAUGAAUGA